GUUGAGUUUAGUUCCAUAUUACACUUUUUUAUGCAUACGUGUUUGUUUAUGUUUGUUUUGUACUAGCUUCGUUUUCCAACAAGUUCCACUCACCAGUUGAAGCAGUUCAAACCUCAACCCUAAGAGUCGAGGCUAAGAUCAAUAUCAGGCCCAAGAAAAAGAGAGAGAGAGAGAGAGAGAGAGCGAGAGAGAGAGAAAAUGUGUGAGCCGUCGAAGAAUAAGAAGGUGAUAGUGGUGGGGGUGGACAACAACAAGGAGAGCUUUUAUUCGCUGGAAUGGACAUUGGACAAUCUGCUCACCCCUUGUAAAUGCAACAAAAAUGAGACCCCCUUCAAGCUCAUCCUCGUCCACGUUAAGAACUUUGAUGGCCCUGGCCUCAGUAAUGAUUCCCGUACCCACGUUGAGGCCGAUCCGAAGAAGAGUACUGCAGCAGCCGUCACCAACUUGGCCAUGGACUUCUGCAAGCAAAGAUCGAUUUCUGACUACGAAGUGGAAGUAAUGGAAGGGGACGCUAAGAAUAAGCUGUGUGAGGCCGUGGAGAAGCACCAUGCUCACUUUCUUGUUGUGGGCAGCCAUGGCUAUGGUGCCAUUAAAAGGGCUAUCCUUGGGAGUGUGAGCGACUAUUGUGCGCAUCGUGCUCGUUGCAGCGUAUUGAUAGUGAAGAAACCCAAGAACAAGAACUGAUCGAUGUGAUGUGAUAUCGCAUCUCUCAAUCCGUAUUCUUGACAAUUAGAAUUCCAACUAAUGAUACACAUUAAUUCUAACAUGAGUGGAUGUAAUAUAUGUGUGAGUGUUUGAAUGACAUCUCUUGAUGUUUAUUUUGAUUUU